AUGGUGGUUGGACCAGCAUGGACGCGGGGUGAGAUGGAGCGCCCUGCAGGCAGAAAAAACAUGGGGACAUGGAUAGCAGGAGUGUACACAGAGGAACAGCAGCGUCGGCUGGGAGUUGACGAAUUCGGCCGACAGGUAGUUCCAGCACCAAUGCGGGCAGCUGCAGGCGGAGUAUACGCAGCAGUGGCCCAGCAGCCUGGCGCACAGCCAGAGGUGGAAGACAUGGGGAACUGGAAGUUAACUCAAUUUGGAUAUACUUCUGAUCAGGAGGCCAGGCUCGGGGCUGACCAUCACGAGCACUGCCCUCACUGCAAUGGUUUGCCUGUGGCCCCUCCUACACUGACAAGCUCGCUGUCGAAAGCGCUGCUGAACUCUCCAGCUUUGCUCAAUGGUCUUUGCAGCAUGUACUUCCGGCGCUAUGACACGAAUCGCAACAAUAUCCUCGAACUCAACGAGGUGCACACUCUGUGCGAUGACCUGCACAUUGGUCUUGGCAUGACUAUGAGCGGAAUCACUGCAGACGGCCUCAAGGCCUCCAUUGGGAAGUUCAGCCGGGAUGGAGCCGACGACAAGCUCUGUGCAGACGAAUUUCCGCUCUGGUUCGCUGAAACGCUGAAGGAGAGCAUCGAAGACCACCUGACAAAGGAGCAGGAGCAAGAAGCGGCUGGUUUCUUACCUGUGACGGUGAGAUCAGACUGCAAACGAGCAAACAUCCAGAUCCCAGUUGCUCUUAGCAUGCAUGAUGUCAUAGAAGGAGUUGCAGCCGUGUUCGAGUUGCCGGCAGCCAAGACAUGCUUGCUGCAUGAAGGCAAGCAACUCCCCUCGGGUGAAACUCCGCUAUCGGAACUUGCUUUGGGAGAUCAAACAGAGCUUACCGCGGUCGUGGUUGGCAGAUAG